GAUAUUUUCAAUUACGAAACGACUCUCCGAAUACUUUGAAACUUGUGCCUUAGAUCCUCUUCAAGCAAGGAGGAUGGUUCAAUCUGCUAUUGGAAAACUUAAGAUGAUCCGCAGAGAUUUUCCAACUGUCCUGAAUAUCGCCACAAAGUUCGCAAAGAAAGCCAAGAACAAACGGGCUUCCUUUAAUACCGAUGUUGCAGUAGAAGAAAGGAAACUACCUUUCGGUAAAAAAGAUGACACUGACAAUAGGGCGAUGGAUGCUCAUCAAUAUCAAGUGAAUCUAUUCAAUGUCGUAAUGGAUCAAAUUGUAACAAGCACCAAUAGUACGUAG